AUGGGCCCCAACCCGCAAGAGGACGACGUGGUGGAGAGCCACGACCUCCACGCGCGCCGCGGCGCCAGUGCCACGGAGGAGGUGAUGGUGCCCAGCUACGACUUCCAACCCAUCCGCACCCCCGCCGCCGCCGUAGCCCCAGCGGCCCCUGCCCCGGCCGCGGCGAACGCUUGGGGGUCGCUCGACGCCAAUGCCGCGUCCCCCAAACUUAAGAGUGCUGCUAUGAUGGAGCCUCGUGUGCUGAAGAAAGUUAGUCAUGAAGAAGAAAGGAGCAACUUCAAUGCAGUCACUAUAGCAGAUAUUGAUCGCACCAUGAAGAAAUAUGCUGAUAACUUGCUACAUGCAAUGGAAGGUGUAAGCUCCAGACUUGCACAGCUGGAGGGCAGAACACACCAUCUUGAGGACUCUGUUGGCGAGUUGAAGUUAACAGUUGGUAACUACAACGGCAGCACUGAUGGAAAACUGAGGCAAUUUGAGAACACACUGCGGGAGGUUCAAGCAGGUGUGCAGAUUUUGCGUGACAAGCAGGAAAUUGUUGAGGCCCAGGUUCAACUUACGAAGCUUCAAGUGUCUAAAGCAGAGGAUGUUAAGUCAGAAAAUGCCAGUGCUGGGCAGGUGGACUCAAGGCAGCAGCCGCCUGCGCCCCAGCCAACUGUUCAACCACAACAUCAGGCCUAUCCUCCUUCCCAACCAACGGGACUGCCUGCCCUUCCUGCUCCAAAUGCGCCCCCUCCACCAAUGGUUAACAACCAACCUCCGCCGCAAUUCCAAGGUCAUUUACCGCAUCCUCAAAUGCAAUCAGUCGCACCUGCUCCAUCUGUGCCGACCAUAUCGCAGGAAUCCUACUAUCCCCCAUCCACACAGACAACAGAGGCUGCACACCAGCAAUAUCAAGCACCACCAGCUUCGCAGCCACAAGCACCUCCAGCAGCACCACAACAUUAUCAGCACCCGCCUCAGUAUGCUCCAUAUUCUCAACCUCCGCUGCCUGGAAGUGUUAACCCCCAAACUCCAGCCGCACCCUUGCCCCAUCAGCCAGAAGAAGCAGCACCUUAUGGGCCUCCUGCUCAGAGCUACCCACUGAAUGUCCGCCCGCCGUCCCCUUACAUGCCACCACCCAGUGGACCUGUUCCUCCUUUCUAUGGGCCAAACCCUGGCAUGUACGAGCCUCCAGCAGUCAGGCCUAACUCCGGUCCACCACCGCCCUACAGCGCUGGAUACAAGCAGCAGGGAGGAGGCGGUUUUCCUGAGCAGUAUGGAUACAGCGGGUCUCCGUCUCACCGUGGUAAUGCUGGAAUGAACUCGCCUUCACCCUUUGCCCCCACUGGCCCCUCCUCGGCUGGAAGUGGCAACUACGGCAAGCUCCCUACAGCUCAAAUACUGCCCCAAGCAGCGCCAGUGAGCUCUGCUCCGAGUGCCUCGUCCGGCAACAGGGUGGCGGUCGACGACGUGGUGGACAAGGUUUCAACGAUGGGGUUCUCAAAGGAGCAAGUGAGGGCGACUGUGCGCAGGCUGACAGAGAACGGUCAGAAUGUGGACCUGAACGUGGUGCUCGACAAGCUGAUGAACGACAGUGAUGCGCAGCCUGCCCAGAGAGGCUGCGGCGACCCGACCAUGUACGAGGCGUUCUGGAGGGAGGUCGGGGAGCGGGCGGCGGUGGCGAUCCCGGGGUGGUCGGGGAUGAGCUACUUCUCCAAUGCCCAGAGCCUCUGCUGGUUCCUCGACCCGGAGUUCGAGCGCGAGGUCCGCCGCGUCCACCGCCUCGUCGGCAACGCCGCCGUCGACGACGGCUACCACCUCGUGGUCGGCACCGGCGCCACCCAGCUCUUCCAGGCGGCCAUGUACGCCCUGUCUCCCGCCGGCGCCCAAUGGCCCGUCGGCGUCGUCUCGCCGGCGCCCUACUACUCGUCGUACCCGCCGCAGACGGACCUGCUGCUCUCGGGGUUCUACCGGUGGGCCGGCGACGCCAACGCGUUCGACGGCGACGGCCACAUCGAGCUGGUCUGCUCGCCCAACAACCCGGACGGCGCCAUCCGCGAGGCCGUCCUGAGCUCCGAGUCCGGCAAGGCGAUCCACGACCUGGUAUACUACUGGCCUCAGUACACGCCCAUCACCGGCGCCGCCGCCCACGACAUCAUGCUCUUCACCAUGUCCAAGGUCACCGGCCACGCCGGCGCCAGGCUCGGGUGGGCGCUCGUCAAGGACCGCGACGUGGCCAAGAAGAUGGUCUACUUCGUGGACCGGAGCACCAUCGGCGUGUCCAAGGACUCGCAGCUCCGCACCGCCAAGAUCCUCGCCGUCGUCUCCGACGCCUACGGACCCGACGAGGAGGACGACACGCGGCUCCGGCUCUUCGACUUCGCGCGCCGUCGCAUGGAGGAGCGCUGGCGGGCCCUGCGCGCCGCCGUGGCGGCCACCGGCGCCUUCAGCCUCCCGGAGGAGACCGCCGGCCACUGCAACUUCAGCAGGCAAACCGUGGCAGCUUACCCCGCGUUCGCGUGGCUGCGCUGCGAGAAGGAUGGCGUGGAGGACUGCGCCGAGUUCCUCCGCGGCCACGGCAUCGUGGCGCGGGGAGGGGAGCAGUUCGGGGGAGACGCCAGGUGCGUCAGGGUCAACAUGCUGGACAGGGACGGUGUGUUCGACGUGCUCAUAGACCGCCUCUUCUCCAUAACAUGA